CACGGGCCUCAUCCAUCCGGAGAUCUGUGAGAGCACAUCUGUUGCUCCUCUAGAGGUUUCUUUUUCCUUGCCAGAAAAGAAACCUUCUUGUGCCUACUUAAAAGAUUUCUCCAUGCCCAAAGAAAGUAUUUAAACCCCCGCGACGCUUGCAUGGCAGCUAACAGUCACUCCCUAGGUUUUGACCCAACUUUGUGAUAAGCCUGUGUUCUUCACAUACUGUUUCUUCACAGUACACAGAACAGGAUCAGAUUAGAGGUUUUUUUAAGAAACCUGAUAGCUCUCUGGAAAGAGUAAUCAAACUCUAGAUAAUGGAGACUUAAGCAAAGUUUAAAUGGUUUACCAGAAUUAUUUGACAACUGUGUCCAUAUUAUGAAGUCAAGAGUUUUAAUUUUUUUUAAUGAAAAGUAACUCAAAUAUUUCCAUAUGCUUAUAAAAAUUUUCCCCCUGCUUAUGCCUAUGCCGAUGCUGUACCCUAAAACUGAUGGAUACUUCGAGUGUUUACCUUCUUCCCAGAUUUGCUCUUGAGGAUACUGAGAAGAAAUUUACAAAGGGUUAAAAUAAACUUUUCUUCUUUUCUUCUCUGUAGUAAACUAUUUUUGUUUAGUCACUUUGGAAACAGUAUCGCCUGUUCCAUAUUUGUGUCAGUCCGUAUUUUUUGUUGUGUAAACUGCUUUGCUGGUUUAUUUUUUUGCUGUAUUUCCUUGCUCUUAAGCUACUGUUUUGUCAUGAUUGUCAUAAAAAUUGUGUUCAAUAGCAAAGUAAGCAUCUUUCAAGCUUAGCUUCAGUAAUUGUUCAGCUGUUUUUAUUGCACGUUGUUUUACUAGGAAUACAAAAACAAUGGUGUUUUUAUGGAUUUCUGCAGCAUCUGGGGAAGAAAAUAUCUGAGAGUCACUGUGCAUGAUACUCUGAAAAGUCAGUUCAAGAUGUAGUGGAAAAAAAAAAGUAAAUAGAAUAAUAGAAAUUAUCACUUAAGGUAUGAAAUGCAGAAUAAAAGACCGUAUUAUGCCAGUAUAUUAAUCCUUCAUCCAAAUUUGAGUGCUCUGUUCUCUACUGCCGUUCCGGACUCUCCCUUGACUGGCAUGUGGCACUGUGUUUGCACUAAUCAAAGAGGUGGAGGAAGAGCAGUGGAGAUCAUUACAUAUAUAUGCAAUAGCCUUGAUAUAAGGAAAGCAAGAGCAUCCUAUGCAGAUGUCUUAAUGGCAGUGUAGUCUAAGGAAUUGCUGUGCUUCUCUCUUUCUGGUGCUAAUAUUCACUUGUAUAGAUGGGUGGGUCAGUUAGUCUCUGACCAGAGUAUGACCAUGAUCAAGCUGUCUUGCUUGGGGACAGGAAUUGCAGCUUUGAUCAGAAGGUGGCAAAAGUGGUUGUUCAGGGACAACUGGAGCAUGACAGCAGAUGGAGGAAUGAGGAGGUAGUUGCACUGUAAGUCUGUAAAAUCAUCAGUCAUUUGAAGGUGAAUAACCCCAGUCUCCACAAAGCUGGAAACUAGGAGAGUAUUCUACUAGUUUUGAUUGCUUUCUUGUCCUAUGCGUGUACUUUAUCUGGGCAUCUGAAAGAGUGCUGUUCUAUCUAUGAGUUUGUUUUAUUUUAUUUGUUUACUUAUGCUAUGUCUGGCAAUUGUACAACCUUCAUUUGAUGGAUGUAGGGAAACUGGAGCAGAAUGGGAUGCUAGUUGUAUCAUCUUUAUCUUAACAGCUGGUGCAACCUGAUGUUUUACUCCUCAUGCUCAAAACAGGUGAUAGAAGAAAGUUGCAAGAUUUAAUUGAGGAAAGAGUAAAAAGAUGUUAGGAAGAAGGAAAUGCUUGAAAGAUGCUAAUUAAUCCUAUCUUGAGGUUUAUUAGUGGUUUAAUCAUGCUUGAUUAAAUUAACCUAUCCUUAUGUUCCUCACUUAGAAAGUUUGAUUAAAGCAGAUACUCUAUGAUUUUUUUUCUUCUUUUUUUGUCUUUAAUUAGCUGGGGAAUAAAAUAUUUGCACAGAGAUGUACUCGUGUUUCUUGCAAUUAUGUCUGGGAUGCAGGCAGGUGGACUGAAGCAUGUGUGCCUACACAUAUGGUAUUACCAUUAGGAUAGUUCCAUGCUUUUUCUUGAAGAUGGAUCUCUCUUUGGGAUUACUGAAGGUUCACUACCUUUAACUGUCUGAAACUGCAGUUUUACAUUGCUCACUUCUUAGUAUGCUUGCAAAGUACACUAAGGUAAGUAACUGCUGACCACAUAGGAAAUUUAGGAUUCCCUGCCACUAAAAAGGGUCCUUCAAUAAAAACUGCUGGUUUCAUGUGGCAAAUGAAAGUACUGAUUUAUUUUGUAUGCAUUUUCUCUUACCAAUUCAAUAUCUAUUCAAAUAUUUGAAAAAGAAAAGCAGCUCUUCAGUAUCUGCAAUGGUUAUGGGGAACCUGUCGCUUUUUAUUUGGAAGCACAUUUUAUAGAAGUUGCACAUGCUAAAAAUUGGCCAGGUAAGCUUAAAAUGAGAGCAUUUCCAUUUCUUUUUAGCUUUUUGAAAUGAAUCACAGAAUAUUCUGUGUUGGAAGGGACCUACAAGGAUCAGCAAAGUCCUGAAAGGCUUGACUUAAUAUAGAAAAAAGGCUUGUCUUAAUACAAGAAAAAAUAAGUCUACUAUUGUGAUAUACCUUUAGUUACCAUUCUAAUUUUUUGUGAGUGACCAACAUUCUGGUGUUGUCAUUUGAUUUACUCUGCAAUUGCUAAUAAUUGGAGUGGGGAAGAGGGGAGAGCAGGGCUUACAUGCCUUAUGAUGAUUAAACCAAAUUCCAUUUCUGGAAAAGUAAAGAUCUCCAAAUAGUCUUCUGACAAAGACCUUAUGAUGACCUUAUUUUUGAGGUAUGGUUUUUUUGUUUGUUUGGGGUUUUUGGGGGGAGAAGGAUGGGGAAGAUCUUAUGGUUUUGAUAUUUUUUCUUCUUUUUAGCAGGAGCUGGGGGAGUUGUUUAAUUUCCCUUGUUUGGAGAGAGUGAUAUGUUAAUGUCAGAUAAUUGUGUGUUUGAUUUUCUGUUAAUUCUUGAGACACUGAAGUUUUUCCAAAUGUCUUGAACUCCACUUCCCACCACUUGAAUAUUCUACAUUCUUUGUGAAAUUUUCUCUGCAAUUUUGAGACCUUCAUUUAAGAUUCUUACUUGAUCCCAGAAGGUGAUGUUUACAAUUUAAGAAAACAAAACAAAACUAAAAAAUAAACAGCCCCCCAAACAAAUUAACAGAAAUGGCCCACAGAACAACUCCUGUGCAACAAUAUGGGAAUUGAUACUGUUGGAAUUUAUUUGAAUUCUAAUAGGAAUAUAGCAGUGGUACUAUAACAUAGGUGAGGACAGGAAACAGUAUAACUAGAGUCUGAAUUAAACUGGGGCAUUACUGUGGAUUUGGUCGUGUCUUUGAAGAUGAGAAGCUGUAGAUUUGUGCUUUCUACCCAUUGCAGUGAUGAGUGCUUGAAGAUGACGCCGAGUUGGGCAGGAAUGCUUGUCUGCUGUUGUGCAGGAAGGCUCUCCAGAAGGAUCUGGACAGGCUGGAUUGAUGGGCCGUGGUACGAGGGCCCACAAGAUAUCCUUGAUUUGCAGAAGGCAUCUCAAAAUGUUGUGUCGAGCUGCUCUGAGCCCGCUUGUCCGUUCCCCUGGAUGGUGCUUUGUCUCACCGCCACAUGUCACCGCAGCCAUUUCUCGUUUAUAUCUCCCUUGCCAAAGAUUAAGGAAUGAAUCCAUCCGUUGUUGGAGCAACAUUCCAUUUAUCACCGUGCCACUCAGCCGUGCACAUGGAAAAUCAUUUGCUCACCGCAGUGAGCUGAAGCAUGCAAAACGGAUUGUAGUAAAGCUGGGUAGUGCUGUUGUUACUCGAGGGGAUGAGUGUGGCUUGGCCCUUGGGAGGCUGGCUUCUAUUGUAGAGCAGGUCUCAAUGCUGCAAAAUCAGGGCCGAGAGAUGAUGAUUGUCACCAGUGGGGCUGUAGCUUUUGGAAAGCAGCGGUUGCGUCAUGAGAUAUUGCUUUCUCAGAGUGUGAGACAAGCACUUCAUUCAGGCCAGAGUCAGCUAAAAGAUAUGGCUAUUCCGGUCUUGGAGGCCCGAGCCUGUGCAGCAGCUGGGCAGAGUGGAUUAAUGGCUCUGUAUGAGGCCAUGUUUACACAGUACAGCAUCUGUGCAGCUCAAAUUUUAGUCACCAAUCUGGAUUUCCACGAUGAGCAGAAGCGUCGCAACUUAAAUGGAACAUUACAUGAGCUUUUAAGGAUGAAUAUUGUCCCUAUAAUUAACACUAACGAUGCAGUUGUUCCACCUCCAGAGCCAAACAGUGAUCUGCAGGGGGUAAAUGUAAUUAGUGUGAAGGAUAAUGACAGUCUGGCAGCACGACUGGCUGUGGAAAUGAAAACCGAUCUCCUGAUUGUACUUUCAGAUGUGGAAGGACUCUUUGACAGCCCUCCAGGGUCUGAUGAUGCAAAGCUUAUUGACAUAUUCUACCCAGGAGAUCAGCAGUCCGUAACAUUUGGAACCAAAUCCCGAGUGGGAAUGGGUGGCAUGGAAGCCAAGGUGAAAGCAGCUCUGUGGGCCCUGCAAGGAGGCACUUCAGUAGUGAUUGCAAAUGGAACUCACCCAAAGAUCUCAGGUCAUGUCAUCACAGAUAUUGUAGAAGGGAAAAAAGUAGGAACUUUUUUUUCAGAGGUAAAACCUGCAGGCCCUACUGUGGAACAGCAGGCUGAAAUGGCUCGAGCUGGUGGCAGGACCUUGGCGGCUCUACAGCCUGAGCAGAGAGCAGAGAUUAUUUAUCGUCUUGCUGACUUACUAACGGACCAGAGGGAAGAAAUUCUCUUGGCAAACAAGAAGGACUUAGAGGAGGCUGAAAAUAAAGGAAGAUUAGCCCUCCCUUUGUUGAAACGCCUAAGUCUGUCUACUUCAAAGCUAAACAGCUUGGCUAUUGGUCUGCGUCAGAUUGCAGCAUCCUCGCAGGACAGCGUCGGCCGUGUAAUUCGACGAACUCGAAUAGCAAAAGACCUGGAUUUGGAGCAGGUUACAGUUCCAAUUGGUGUCCUUCUCGUCAUCUUCGAAUCUCGUCCUGACUGUCUUCCACAGGUGUCUGCUUUGGCCAUAGCCAGUGGAAAUGGUUUACUACUUAAAGGAGGGAAAGAGGCAGCACAUAGCAAUCAAAUCCUUCAUCAUCUGACACAAGAAGCACUCUCUAUUCAUGGAGUCAGAGAUGCAGUGCAACUGGUGAACACAAGAGAGGAAGUAGAAGAUCUCUGCCGUUUGGAUAAGCUGAUAGAUCUCAUCAUUCCACGUGGUUCAUCACAGCUAGUCAGAAAUAUCCAGAAAGCGGCUAAGGGAAUCCCAGUGAUGGGUCACAGUGAAGGGAUCUGUCAUGUGUAUGUUGACACGGAUGCCAGUGUUGAGAAGGUCACACGAAUAAUCAGAGACUCAAAGUGUGAAUAUCCUGCUGCCUGUAAUGCUCUGGAAACUCUCUUAAUUCAUCGAGACUUGCUGAGAACCCCGUUGUUUGAUCAGAUCAUAGACAUGCUGAGAGUAGAACAGGUGAAGAUUCAUGCUGGCCCAAAGUUUGCAUCUUACUUGACAUUCAGUCCUUCAGAAGUGAAAUCUCUGCGCAUAGAAUAUGGGGACCUGGAGUGCUGCAUUGAGGUGGUGGACAGCGUUCAAGAGGCUGUUGAACAUAUCCACAAGUAUGGAAGUUCCCAUACGGAUGUUAUUAUCACAGAGAAUGAGAAAACAGCAGAGUUCUUCCUCCAGCAUGUGGACAGCGCUUGUGUUUUCUGGAAUGCCAGUACCCGAUUCUCUGAUGGCUAUAGGUUUGGACUUGGUGCUGAAGUGGGAAUUAGUACUUCGCGUAUCCAUGCACGUGGACCAGUGGGAAUUGAAGGACUCUUAACAACGAAGUGGUUGCUGAGGGGGGACAAUCAUGUUGUUUCUGACUUCUCAGAGCAUGGGAGCAUGAAGUAUCUUCAUGAAAGCCUCCCUCUCCCUCAGAGAAAUGCCAACUGAAAACACUGGGGAGAAAACCCAGGAUAUAAUUAUUUCCUGAAGUUAUUCAGGCUUCAGGAUAAUCUCUGAUGGUGAAGGAGUUUGUUUUUCAUCGUCAGAAACAUUGUCCUUGGUCAUUUUGCAGUGCAAUGAAUACAAAAUUAUCCCAUCAAUGAGAAUUCUCUCCCUCCCACCCCUUUCACUUUCUUUAGACAGUAUCUGCAAACUGACCUCACUUCUCCCAAAGACAGAUUUUUUAAAUCAUAUAGGUAACAUAAGGGUUUCAGUAUCAACUACAUUCCUUUUUUAUCACAGUGCUCUCUGUAGCAAAUAUAUUUGGUGGUGGAGCUUAAUUUUUUUUUUCUGAGUUUUGUUUUAUUCAAGUAUCUGUUCUGGAGAACAGACUCAGUAGUUUUGGUUUUGAGGGUUUUUUUCUUCAGUUUUAGGAUCAUGGCCUCUCUUGAGGGCUGGAAAGCUUUAUGCUUAAUUUCUUUGUAUUUGAUCAGUCUUGAGAUAGGGGGACAGAUGUUCCAAAUGUAUAGUAAACUUUUGACCAAAAAACCUUUUAUAUCUAAUUCUUUGUAUUGUUGGCUAUUGUAGAUAAAAAACAUCAUUGUAUGCUACAUUAAUUUUGUUACUUAUUUGUAUCAAAGGUUUAUUUUUCUUCGGUUUAUAUAAAACUUACUCCAACAGCA